AUGAAAAAUAUAGAGGCAGCAAUUCGUCUGGAAUUCAUUCGCCUUCAUAUGGACUUAGUAGAUGUUCGGAUAUUUACUGAUCGGUUUUCUAUGAAAAUGAUGAAUGUCAAGCCACUCGAACGAGGAUCCCUGAAGUUAAUAAAUUAUCUGAAAGUGACAAAAGAUUUUGAAGACAUUGACGGUUUACUCGAAAAAAGACCAGAAAACUCAGAAGUGUUCUUUCUCACUGAAUCUCGCUUGGCUCAUAAGUUUCUGUUAAUUCCGGUCGCUAGUGAUGACGGUAGAGCUUCUGAAAUUCAAUACAACGAAGUAACCGAUUUUGAAUCUCCUGGAUCGCUUCUAUUUUCGACAGUCCUCACAGAAAGAAACGAAAACAGCGAAAUAAAUACAAGCACUGGUAAUCACAUGAUGUUCACCUCGAUGCCAGACGCCCUCAGCCGUCGACGCUACUUCGAGGAAAUUCCUGAUAGAGUGGAAAUCCCUGACUGGAUUGAGGAGGAAGACAGAAAAUCGCGUGAAAAGAAACAACACAGUCAGACCAAGCCAAAAAGGAGUAAAAAGAAACAAACAACAAAAAAUAAAAGCAGGUCGAAUAAUCCAGUUUCUUACGAAGAAAUCAAUUCUCGGAACACGCCUGCAAAAAGUGAAGAUAAGAAUACAUCACUUGCCGAGCUUGGACUCGAUGAUGUUGAUGGAUCAGACUGGCUAACAGUUGGAGAUUCAAAACAAGCGAAAUCGGAGCGCUCAAGUCGGAAAGUAAGAAAAUCGCCGAAUCCUGGAGAGUUGACGGAGGAGAAGUUGUCUUCGGUCUCAAAAGAAGAAGACGCUUCUGAAAUCCUCUCGUCAGAAGAACCGGUUCAAGAUGACUGCGUUCUGGAAGAAGAACCCGAAAAUGAUGAGAUAAGAACGAAUGCAGAGCAAGAAACAGAUGCUGCGCUGAAAAAGGAAAAUUCUGCGCUCAAGGAGAGACUCGAAAGCCUUCUGAUGUGUCAGAUAUGUUACGAAGCUUAUGAUGAAGCAAAUCAUGCAAAGUACUCCCACGCGUGCGGCCAUGGAUGCUGUUGGACCUGCAUGAAAAAGGAGUUUGCUCGACAACGAGAAGCAAAGAAAAAGAAGUUCUAUUGUCACUGCGGAUUCGAGAUUCACGAGAAAAAGAUCAUCCGAAUGUUCAUUUGA